UCUAGUAGGGGGCGCUGCGAUUGGCUUUCGGCCUUCGGAUCUUUUUGUCUGAGAACUAGAUCCCGCUGCCGCUUUACAGUGUGUGCGAUUGCUAGGAACCGCGUCUGUAUCACACUGUCAAACCACUCCGAAACGAACACAAUUGCAACCAGAACAAUUAUUCGACCAUCUCGUAAAAUGACUAUUUUAAUUCGCCUUCAAAAUCGAUCCUAAUUCGGAUUGUUUUUUGAAGUUCUAGUAGGCUAAAUCGGCUUCUGAUUUCUGUGUGCACAUCAGUCAUUAUUAGCAGGCUAGCCACCGCUCUUUCUCUUUAUUUCUUUUAACUUUUUUAAACACUUGGCUUCGCGAAUGACUGAGCGCCGGCGGACUAUGGGAUCCUUGGUGUCUUAGGAAACAUACGAGUGGGAAUUUAACUCUUUUUAAUUAACAAAAAAUGGCAAAUUCGACGGGGAAAAUUCAACCAGAUCAUCGAAGGAAAGGACUUGCUUUCCUGGACGAGCUGCGGCAGUUUCACCAAAGCAGAGGAUCACCGUUUAAGAAGAUCCCAUUUGUGGGUGGGAAAGAGCUUGAUCUUAAUGCUCUCUAUACCAGAGUUAUUUCUUUAGGUGGAUUUGCAAAGGUUUCUGAUAGGAAUCAAUGGUCCGAACUCGGUGAAGAUUUUAAUUUCCCCAAGAGCUGUUCCAACGCUGCCUUUGUUCUGAAACAGUAUUACCUUCGCUAUUUAGAGAAGUAUGAGAAGGUCCACCAUUUUGGGGAGGAUGAGGAGGAAGUCCACCCAGGUAAUCCUAAACCAUCUCUUCCAAUCGGUGCGAUCCCCUGCUCCUACAACUUCCAGCAACACACUGUAUCAGAUUACCUUCGUCAGAGCUAUGGUCUGUCCAUGGAGUUUGCUCCACCAUGCGACUACAGCAAACUGGUGCUCUCUCUGCUGUCGGGCCUCCCAAAUGAGGUGGACUUCGCCAUCAAUGUGUGCACCCUCCUCUCCAAUGAGAGCAAGCACGUCAUGCAGCUGGAGAAGGACCCCAAACUUGUGACGCUAUUGCUCGCUCAUGCCGGAGUGUUUGAGGACUCCUUGGGAAGUUUCUCUGCUGUUUUUGGGUUGGACUGGAAGGAGAAGACGUCUCGGGACUUUAUGAAGUUCUGGAAGGACAUUGUGGAAGAUCCAGAAGUAAGGGACCUCAUCUCAGACAAGAGCCACAGAUCACAAGAUGGAAUAACGAGGGAAGAAAGUGGAGACUCCCUCUUCCACCCUCCUCGGAAUAUGGGCAUCAGUGACAUCGAAGGGCAGAGGGUGAUCCAGAUCGCCAUCAUUUUGCGCAACCUUUCCUUCGAGGAAGCAAACGUCAAACUUUUGGCAGCUAACCGCACUUGUUUGAGAUUCCUUUUGUUAUGUGCUCACUGUCAGUUAAUUUCUCUACGGCAGCUGGGACUGGACACUCUUAGCAAUGUGGCAGGAGAGCUUCAGUUGGAUCCUGUCGAUUUUCGAGCAACUCACCUCAUGUUUCACACCAUCACAAAAUGCUUAAUGUCCAGGGAUAGAUUUUUGAAAAUAAGGGCCAUGGAGAUAUUGGGAAACCUCUGCAAAGCUGAGGACAAUGGUGUUCUCAUCUGUGAGUACGUGGACCAAGAGUCGUACAGAGAGGUCAUCGUUCACUUGACCCUUCCCGAUGUCAUGCUAGUCAUCUCCUCCCUGGAGGUGCUAUAUCAGCUAGCUGAACUGGGAGAGGUCACCUGCACAAAGAUCGCCGCUGUGGACAGGAGUAUAGAUUUGCUGGUGCGUCUGGUUUCGAUAGACCUCCACACGUUUGGACCAGAUGCACUGACGGCAGUCAAGUUGAUUGAGCAUCAAAACGCCAGUGCCCAGGUGGGGUCGGAGGUGCGACCACAGCUGGUGGAGCGGCUACCUGCACAGAUGCCAGGCACACCUGCAUCAGCACCAAGAAAUCCAGUUCAAUCUCCUCCUGGGAUUGUGGACAUUGAUGGAGAGAAGUUUGCAGCUCAGUGGCUAAACGCGCACUUUGAAGUUCACUGUGACAGCUCUGUCUCCCGGUCAGAAAUGUACUCUGAGUACCUGUCCACCUGCAGCAGAAUGGCACGUGGCGGGAUCCUCACUUCCUCUGGAUUCUACAAGUGUUUAAGGAGCAUCUUCCCAAACCACACGGUAAAGCGAAUGGAGGAUUCAAAGACGAGUGGUCAGGCCCACAUCCAUGUAGUUGGAGUCAAAAGGAGGGCCAUCCCACUCCCCAUCCAGCUAUACUACCAGCCACAGCCUCCACCCACCCCUGUACCUCGUCAGGAAGCACCGCAAGAACCUCCCCAGGCAUCCACUACAGGCUUGCCCCAAGGCCCUCCAAGUUUCAGUGGCCAGUUCCAACAGACAACGGUCAGUAGCCUUACAGCCAACCCAGCAGCCUCCCGACUGGCCUUUGCCAUCCAAGGGGCCCCCGACACUCUUCAGACUGUUCCCAGGACGCCUCUAACCCAGCAGCAGCUGUCCCAGGCUGCAACAAUGACAUCGGGAGACAUCUCAAAACCUGCGAAGGUCCAGAGCUCCACCUCGGCCCCUGUCCUGAACCAUACGCCCAUCCACCAGGCUGCGGUCAAUGUGGUGACUUCCCAGGCCCGGUUGCAGCAUUCCCCCAUCCUCACACCUGGGGGGGGGGCAGUCACUGUGUUUCAGCAGGGCCUUCCCCAAACUCACAUCCUGGCAGGGUGUGUAGCGAGUGUGGCCCCACCCAUUGCGGUCUCUCCCGGCCAGCCGCAACCAGCCCUUCAGCAGCCUAUCACAGGGCCCCAGGAGACAGUGGUACUGGCUCCUCCACAGUAUGGGGCCCACUCUGCCCCCUCCUCCUCCUCCCUGCAAAACUUCCAAGUGGCUGGAGGCCAGGUGUUCACGAUUGCUGGCGUGCACAAUUCACAGAGCUCACGUGUCACCUUCCAGAACAUUGCCCCCAAGCCUUGUCCACCCCAGACUACCCUGGCAGCUCAAUCUGUGCAGCAGGGUGUAGUCAUCGUCAGCUCUGCCCCCCAGCAGAGCCAAGCUUUUGCUCCCGCUCUCCAUCAGAUAGUCCUGGCCAACACCUCUACCAUCCCUGCCACCCAAACUGUUAAGCUGGCUGGACAGUCCAGCUUGGCCACCUGUCCUCCAACACCACCCUGCCCUUCAUCCAGCGGUCCUAUGUCCCAGGUCCUGCCCCCCCCCUGCAACCUACCCCAGACCCCAGGCCCACCCCCCACAGUCAGCCAGAUGCUCUCUGUGAAACGCCAGCUGCAGCAGCACCCUGCUGCCCUGCCCCCAGGACAGCCUACCUCCACGGAGUCUAGCUUGAUCAAGCAGCUGCUGCUUCCAAAGCGGGGGCCUUCCACUCCUGGAGGGAAGCUCAUCCUUCCUGCUCCACAAAUCCCCCCCCCUAACCACACGCUCGCCUCAAACCCUCAUAUGGUCUACCAGGUGGCCAACAGCCCCAGCCCCAGUUUUGGAGUACAAGGCGCACCACAGACCCCACAGGUCCUGGUGGGCCCGCAGAAUGUGCAGCUAAUGCAGAGCCCCAUGCAGUCGCAUGGCACAGUGCACACCGUCCCCAUCUCCAACCUGCAAAUCCUGCCUGGUCCACUCAUCUCUUCCACCAGCCCUGCUGCCAUGAUUCAAGGUACUCCUGGCAGCCAGAUGACCUUCACAGUUGUCCCCAACACCGGGUUUGCUGCUGCCGCUGUCAGCCAGGUAGGCGCAUCGCAGACCACUGGCACCGAGGGUGUGGCGGCAUCAGCACAAAUGGCAGUCCCAUCCCCCCCCCUGGCCGCCUCCCCAGCCCCCACUCCCCCCUUCAGGGGGGACAAGAUAAUCUGCCAAAAGGAAGAGGAGGCCAAGGAUGCCACGGGACUACACAUACAUGAGCGCAAGAUCCAGGUGAUGGAGAACUCCUCCCUUGCAGAGGGAGCCGUCAAAACAAGCAAUGGGGACUCAGCAGAGAUGGAGGCCCCCAACACCAGGCUGCUAAAUGGGAAGUGUGCUGACUCCAGUCUACCUCCUUUCAACUCAGGGAAAAGCCAGGUGGAAGUUGGCCCAUGUUUGCAGAUCCCGAAUGGACCCUUGUCUGAAGCAAAUGGGGUGCAAGGGGCUGGGCAGCCAGGAAUGGUGGAGUCCAAAGGAGAACCCAGGCGGUUUCUGGUAAAUGGGGUAUGUGACUUUGAGAGAGGGGAUAGUCCUCACCUAAGCAAAAACAUUCCAAAUCACAAGGCUUCCAAACACUUGGGUAAUGGAGAAAUCCCUCCCCAGAAACUGCAAAAGAGCCCCGACCCUCCGAAGCAAGACACUGCCAAAGCCAACCAAUUGGAGCGAAUGUCCAAUGGGCCUCUGAUGGCCUGUAACUCCAUGUCCAUUGUCAACAUGCAAGUGGAGGUGGCACCCUCCCCCUGUCCGAAGAGCACCAGCAAUAGCACCGAGAUCUCCAACGGCCCUCUGCGAUCGCACCAGCAGCAGUACCAAGCCCCUGUAUUCACAACCACCACAGUCCCCCAAACCCCCUGUGCUGCCCCACCUGACACUCUGCCCUCUAAUGGCACUGGGAACGAAAGCAGGGCUGUCAAGAGGCUGGCGGAGGAUUCAGACAAAACGACCAUCUCUGCGAUACCCAGCAAAGUUGGGGUGAGGAUAGUGACGAUCAGUGACCCCAACAAUGCAGGAAGCAGCUCUACAAUGGUGGCUGUUCCCGCAGGCGCCGACCCCAGCACAGUAGUGAAAGUAGCAAUAGAAAACACCGUGCAGCAGAAACGACACCCAUCACCAUUUGUGCUGCCAGUUGUUACUCAGCCACCAUUGAUACCAUCACCUCCCCCACCCCCUGGGCAAACCAGCGCAACAUCUGUACCCACGCCCCCCCUGGUCAUAUCGCAAGCGCUUGAGGUACCCCUGGAUCAGGACAGAAAGCCUGGCCACAACUUCAAGUGUUUGUGGCAGUCCUGUAAACGAUGGUUUGAGACGCCGUCUCAGGUGUUCUACCAUGCGGCCACCCAGCACGGAGGAAAGGACAUGUACCCUGGGCAGUGCCUGUGGACAGGAUGUGAACCUUUCCCACGCCAGAGACUGUCCUUCAUCACCCAUCUCCAGGAUAAACACUGUUCACGGGAUGCCCUGCUGGCUGGAUUAAAACUUGAGGAGCAGUCGCAAAGCAGCAACCUGAAAACACCUAGACCCCAACCUGAGGCAAGUAGCCCAUCCACUCCAAGAGCGCAAAAGGCUCUAGUCAACCACCCCAGUGCUGCCCUCAUGGCCCUAAGAAGAGGGUCCCGGAACUUGGUGUUCAGAGACUUUUCUGAUGAAAAAGAGGGACCAAUAACCAAACAUGUCAGAUUGACAGCUGCCUUAACCCUGAAGAACAUUGCAAAAUAUUCAGACUGUGGCAGAAAGUUGGUGAAGCGACAUGAAAACCACCUCUCUGUGCUGGCGCUGAGUAACAUGGAGGUGUCCACUACACUCGCCAAAUGCCUUUACGAACUGACCCGCUCACUCCAGGCCUGACCUCCUUAUGGGACAGCCACUUCAGACACUGGGGCGUGGGAGGGGCAUGGCUGCACUCCCCUAGGGGACGCCAGGGGGAAACCACACUUCAGACGCAUGUCUGAAGAGGGCUAGCUCAACGGGAGAGUGUUUCAGGGCACUGUCAGUGCCUCUCAUUGUACUAGAUUAUUCACUGUACUCGAUUCAGUGAAAUGGUCUCACUGUACUGGGAUCAGUGAAAACAGUCCCUUUCGUUCUUUCCACAAACUGCCACGGGAUCUUCCAGCGUCCAUCAGCAUGCGCCUGCCCAAGCGCCCUGCCAAUGGAUGUGCCACCAGCCCCUUGUCACUUCAUCCCUCGCACUGUUUGUACUCCCUGCUCAAUACACCAUACCUUAAAAAUCAGAUGCCGUUUGUACUCCCUGCCCAAAUACGAGCACAUUUUUCUAAUCCUGGGACUGUUUGCCGAAAAACAUGGUUGAGUAUGAGGUUCACUCGACUUAAACGUAUGGGUCGGGGUAGUGCAGAUGCGGGAUGGGUUGGGGGUGGGGGGUGUUUUGGGUCAGAUUGGCAGGUGUUGCAGUUGGCAACUGGUUAGAGUGUGUUUUUCUUUAGAACUUGGUAGGUUGGUUUUUCUUACUUGAGCCAAUAUAUUUUCACUUAUUUAUUAUUGAAAUAAAUACCAAUAUGUCGAAAUAAGAAAAAAUCUUGUAAAUAUUUGUGAAUAUCUAUAAAAUCCACUCUCAUGCCGUGACAGUCACUCGAGGAAGAUCAUAAAAGCGUUACAGUAGGUCAGGUUGUUUUUUAACAAUCCCCGUCACUUGUAUUCGGUGUGAUUAUAUACGCAGCAGUGGAUGAAUGUUCUACAACAAUGUGUAAAUAGUCUGCAAAGGUACAGCUGCUGUAAAAUUUAGGGGGAGAGGAAAGCAGUUUUUUGUGGAACUGUGAUUUUUUUGUAAUAUAAUUCCUUGUAGAACUCAUUUUGCUGGCUGAAAGAGUAUGAAAUAAUAUAUCAUGUCAUUUUUGUAGAAGAAAAAAAAAAAACUUAUUGAAGGGUUUUUUUUGGUUGUUAUUUUUUUUUUUUUGCCGUAACAUGUAUCCACUGUAAACGUUUGUCAUUGCGCGCAGGCUCAGCACUCGCGCAGAUUCUUUUGUAUUUGUAAAUUGGUUUAAAUACAUGGAGUUUUCUACAGGUUUUCUCCUGUUAUAUUUCCUUUACGUGCAGGUAUGAUAUUUUUCUUCACUACUUUUUCUAUCUUAAUAUAGUGUGGAGUUUUAUUGUACGUUUUUUUUGUUUGUUUUUUUUUUUUCCAUUCUUAAUACCAUGCCACAUUCCGGCUCUCAUCCCCACACUGUCUUUUGCAGCGUGUUCCUGUAAACAUUUAUAUCUGCCUGUUGUAGUAGCAUCCGAACGGGACAUCCCAUCACCAUUUCUGCUGUGUCAGUAGAGUGUGCGAUAUGAAUAGACCCAACCGUCUGUUAUAGAUUUGCUUUAUUUACUUUGGUGACUGUUUAUAGUUUUUAAAUAAAAAGAAUGAACAUUU